CCGCGCGUCCCGUUCCGUCCCUGUCCGGAGGGUCGCGGCGCGGGGGGGCCCGCGGGGGGCGGCAGGAGCGAUGCGCGCCCGCCGCUGAGGCCGCGGCGCCCCGCCGGCUCGCCCCGCGCCCGCCGAGGCCGCGGGGCCGGGCGGGAUGGUGCAGUCGUGUUCCGCCUACCGCUGCCGGAACCGAUACGACAAAGAGAAGCCCAUCUCCUUCCACAAGUUUCCUCUCACGAGACCCGAUCUUUGCAAGAAGUGGGAAGCCGCCGUCAAGAGGAAAAACUUCAAGCCGACCAAGUACAGCAGCAUCUGCUCAGAACACUUCACCCCCGACUGCUUUAAGAGGGAGUGCAAUAACAAGCUCCUGAAGGAGAAUGCGGUGCCCACAAUAUUCUGUUACACCGAGCCCGGUGAAAAGUCUGAGGAGUUUGCAGAACAGCCAGAAGAUCCUCUGCCACCUCCUCCGCAGCCGCCGCCACCGCCGCCUCCACCACCCCCGCCCCCGCCAGCAGCUCCAGUGCUCCCCCCGCCCCCAUCGACUCCUUUUCACCUGUCCCAGAUAGAUGCCAGGUUUGUGGAUCCCAGCAUCGGAUUGCUGAUGCCUCCUCUCCAGACCCCGAGCAAUCUCGCCGUUUUCUGUGACCAUAACUACACCGUGGAGGAUACGGUCCAUCAGCGAAAAAGGAUUCAGCAGCUGGAGGAGCAAGUGGAGAAGCUGCGGAAGAAGCUCAAGACGGCGCAGCAGCGAUGCCGGCGUCAGGAGAGACAGAUUGAAAAACUGAGGGAGAUUGUUCAGUUUCAGAAGGAAAAGGACAUACUGGCAGGAAAAGGCUAUGUGAUUCUGCCUAAUGACUAUUUUGAAGUCGUAGAAGUACCUGCCUAGAGGUCAUGAACAUCAGUUUUCACUUUGGUAGGCCAAUAAAUUUAGUUUAAAAACUAAAUUCUUUCUAAUUCUGUAUGUAAGACUCUCCAGAAUUCUAAAACAGUAAAUAAGCAGUCGUACAAAUGAGAUAAUAUUUUUAAUUCACUGUCGUUUCAGUUUGAUACGCUUUUAAUACAUUGAAGAUGCACACAUCUCAGAAUUAGAAUAUGAGUGAAUUUACAAAAUCUGAAUUGCUUUACCAUAGGAAAGGAUGCAAGUUGAAUACACCUAGAAAUUUUUUUUUUUUUUUUUUUUUUUACUCUGUCUGUCUUAUGCUUAAAGGGAAUGGAGAUAGAUUGAAUCUGGCUGAGAGUGAAGUUGAGGUGGUUGUACACCUGGUGCUUUGUCAAGGCAUUUAACAUAGGCUUUGGUGAUUCCCCCAGUAAGUAGUUUUCACUUAUUUUUAGAAAGAACAGAAUUAAGUCAGCUAACAACAUCUGCAAGCUUUUUUAACAAGUGCUGCAGAGAGAUAGAUGUGAGAUGCACGUUUCAGUCUGGGAAAACUUCCAACCUCCGUUUGCUAUGCAUUUGAAGGGCUGCGAAAAGUCUAAUUCCUGGAUCCCUUUGGGUGAGGUAUGCAAAUGAACCUCAUCUUUCGGAGUAGCUGCUCAACACACGUGUGCUUUGAGGGUGGAGAGCUGUAGAAGCAGCUUUUGAGAAGUGUUGGGGCGGAACUGAACA